AUUGAGAACACAGAUAGGCUUAAUUCAGACGCUAAUUUCUGUUACGUUGUUGACGAAACUCCAUGUAAUGCUGAGGAAAGUACCUCAUUGCAUAUUGUGUUGCCUGCAUUAGAGCCAAAGGAGUCUUGGAAAGAUGUAGAAAUUUCACCAUCUAUUUCCCAAGAAUACCAACAUAAAUUCCAACAACUCUUACAGAAAUUUCCAACUACGUUUACUGACAUUCCGGGUAGAACAACGCAAGCUGUACACACCAUUAAGUUAGUAGAUGAUUGUCCAAUCAAGUUGCGACCAUAUAAUCUACCGCUACACUAUCAGGAAGCGGUUGAGAAGGAAAUUGACGAGAUGUUGCGUCUAGGAAUCAUAGAACCAUCCUCAUCACCAUAUUCUUUUCCCAUGGUAAUUGUUAAGAAGAAGGAUGGAAACAUACGCAUCUGUAUUGACUACAGAAAAUUAAACCGUGUUACUGUUUUAGAUGCAGAAAAUAUGCCAAAUAUAGAGGAUUUGUUUCACAGGUUAGCAGGAGCUAAAUAUUUCACAAGGUUAGAUUUGUCAAAAGGAUAUUGGCAAAUCCCACUUGCCGAGGACAAUAUACUGCCUUCCAGACACCUCGAGGCUUGUUUCAAUUUAGAUAUUUGA